UAAAAUUUUUUUAUUCAAAUUAAUUCAAAUCCCGAUUCAAGCCUUACGUUUUCUCUGAAUUUAACCAAAAAUGAAAUACAAAGGGAAAAAUGGAUUUCAAUUGCGAAAGCGAGAGGAUCCAGGGGUCUAUAAUUUUUGAUUUCUCGUACUCAUUUGUUGUGUUCGUACACAAGAAAUCGGAUUCAUUGAUGCAUCUCUGAUCUGAGACUCGAUCCCUCCGAGACUCCUUCCAUGGCCGGCGCCGCCUCGGCGCUCUUCCUUCUCGACAUCAAAGGCCGUGUUCUGAUUUGUCGCGAUUACCGCGGCGAUGUAUCACCACUUCAGGCCGAGCGCUUCUUCACCAAGUUCAUCGAGAAAGAGGGUGAUACAGAGUCUCAAGAUCCAGUGGUUUACGACAAGGGCGUGAGCUACAUGUUUAUACAACACAACAAUGUCUACCUGAUGAUAGCAUCCAGGCAGAACUGCAAUGCUGCCAGCCUUCUUCUUUUCCUACAUCGUGUAGUAGACGUUUUCAAGCAUUACUUUGAGGAGUUGGAAGAGGAAUCAUUAAGGGAUAAUUUUGUGGUAGUGUAUGAGUUACUUGAUGAAAUGAUGGACUUUGGUUACCCACAAUAUACAGAAGCGCAGAUUCUUAGUGAGUUUAUCAAAACUGAUGCUUACAGGAUGGAAGUCACGCAGCGUCCUCCCAUGGCUGUGACAAAUGCAGUAUCUUGGCGUAGUGAAGGAAUACAGUACAGGAAAAAUGAAGUGUUCUUGGAUGUGGUGGAAAGUGUCAAUAUGCUUGUUAACAGCAAUGGGCAAAUAGUCCGUUCUGAUGUUGUUGGGGCAUUGAAGAUGAGAACAUAUUUAAGUGGAAUGCCCGAGUGUAAGCUUGGCCUAAAUGAUAGAAUACUGCUGGAGGCUCAAGGUCGAUCAACUAAAGGAAAAACAAUUGAUCUGGAAGAUAUCAAGUUUCAUCAGUGUGUACGUUUGGCUCGAUUUGAAAAUGACCGGACAAUAUCCUUCAUACCUCCUGAUGGGUCAUUUGACUUAAUGACAUAUAGACUCAGUACGCAGGUGAAACCUCUCAUUUGGGUGGAAGCUCAAGUGGAAAGACAUUCAAGAAGUCGCGUUGAGAUGACUGUAAAAGCCCGGAGCCAGUUUAAGGAGCGUAGCACUGCAACAAAUGUGGAAAUUGAGUUGCCUGUGCCAUAUGAUGCUGCGAAUCCUAAUAUUCGGACAUCAAUGGGAUCUGCUGCAUAUGCUCCUGAGAAUGAUGCAUUGCUCUGGAAAAUCAAAUCUUUUCCUGGAAAUAAGGAGUACAUGAUGAGGGCAGAAUUCAGCCUUCCUAGUAUAACUGCUGAAGAUGCAACUCCAGAUAGAAAAGCUCCAAUACAUGUGAAGUUUGAGAUACCAUAUUUUACUGUCUCAGGAAUUCAGGUUCGUUACCUAAAAAUUAUUGAAAAAAGUGGAUACCAAGCACUUCCAUGGGUCAGAUAUAUAACAAUGGCUGGCGAGUAUGAACUGAGACUAAUCUAAAAGCCAAUUCCACUCAUGACUGCUUCCAACCUUGUACAUAUUGCCUCAGUUCAGAUGCGAGAAAUUUCAGGGAGCAUCUUGGGAGGUCAUUCCUUCUCAUGAUUUUUCAAGCCCUCUCUCUCUCUCUCUCUCUCUCUCUCUCUCUCUCUCCUCCUCUCUCUCUCUCUCUCUCUCUCUCUCUCUCUCUCGUCUUUUUCUUUUUGUGGUCUAUUCUUAUCAUUGUUUAUAUUUAGCAUUUGUUUCUGAGAGUGCGGUGGAUGCCUAGGUAGUUUUAUUCAUCCCAUUUUCGCUGCAGCUAAACCAUAUGCUGGUAAUUUUGAAUUUCAGAAAAAUCUGUGUUGCCACUGAUAUUUUUUCCAUAGAAAUUUGUAGGCGGCUGAGCAAGGGGUUGUAUGCUGGUCUGACAUGGUUUGAACUAGUUUAUAUCAAUCUGAAAAUACUAUUGCUAGAAA